CAUGAUCGUCCACCUCCCGAUUCUCAACAUGCAUAUUUUUCCUUCCUGCUCGCUUUCGCCUUGCCAGCGCGGGAGAGCAGAAUCGGCUCGCGGACAAACGAAGCAAAACAAGUUUAUAGAGCUAGUACCAUACAUACAGUAUAUCCUUGCCGGGCAAAGGACAGAUCUUCAGUUCAGAUCAAGCUAGGUACACAGAUUAAACGGCGCUUCGAUCCCAUUUUGAGAAUCGGUGCUGCAAUCGGUCUCCCAGAUCUCCCCCACUUGUACCUCUCAACACGCUCCCCUCCGCUCCCAAAUUUCAAAUUCGCGCAGCGCUCCCCUCCCAUCCGCCUCCUCGCCGAAAUCCGAACCGCCGCAGCCAUGGGGGGUUCGCACAGCCGCGAGGACCCUGACCUCUCCGACUCCGACGACGACGCCGAGUCCCGCGCCUCCGACAACUCCUCAGACUACGGCACGCCUCCCCCGGCAUCCGCCUCCUCCAAGCCGGGUGGGGUAGGGGCCGCCCCCGCCUCGGUCGACGCCAUCGACCGCCACCUCCGCAACCUCCACCUCAAGUACAACGAGCCCAUCUCCCCGAACCCUAGCCCCGGGCCCGCCCCCAGCGCCAACCCCGCUGCGCUCAACGCCGUCAAGCUCUACCUCCACAUCGGCGGCUCCUCACCCUCCGCCAAGUGGAUCGUCUCCGACCGCCUCGCCGCUGCCUCCUUCCUCCGCUCCGGCGACGACGAUGACGAGGACGAUGCGUCCGCCUCCGGGCCGUGGUGCCUUGUCGUGGGGGCGAAGAUCCGGGCCAGGGUCGGGCCGGAGCUGCAGCUUAAGACCUUCCCCGCGCAGCGCCGCGUGGACUUCGUCGCCGACGGCGUCUGGGCGCUCAAGUUCCUCCACGCCGACGGCUUCGGCGACUUCUGCGCCAAGUACCACAGCUGUAUCUUCGAGAACAGCUAUGGCGUCGCCGCCACAGACGAGGGCCGAGCCAAGGUGUUCGGGAAGGACUUCGCGGCGUGGGCGCGCCCGGAGGACGGAGACGAGUCGAUAUGGGAGGAUGCCACCGACGGGUUUUCUCCAGGUCCCAGGGGCAGCCCGAUGCCGUCACGGAGCCCGAUGCUGAAGCCUCUGAUGGAGGAUCUGAGGGAGUUUGAGGAGCCCGUUGAGGAAGGAAGCGGCAUACAGAGUCUUGCGCUCGGCGCAUUGGAUAACAGCUUCCUCGUCGGAGAAUCAGGCAUUCAGGUGGUGAGAAAUUUCGAGCAUGGGAUACAUGGGAAGGGCAUGUCUGUCAAGUUCUCUGGAGGAAGCACAAACUUUUCUACACCAAAGAAGGCGCUUCUGAUGCGGGCUGAGACUAACAUGCUCCUGAUGAGCCCAGCGACUGAUGGAAAGCCACAUGCCAAGGGAGUGCACCAACUGGACAUUGAGACAGGGAAGGUGGUCUCCGAAUGGAAGUUUGAGAAGGAUGGAGCUGAUAUUAACAUGAGGGAUAUCACGAAUGAUAGCAAAGGUGCCCAGUUGGAUCCGUCGGAGUCCACCUUCUUGGGGCUGGAUGACAACCGUUUGUGCCGGUGGGAUAUGAGGGACCGCAGGGGGAUUGUGCAGAACUUGGCAAGUGCAACUGAAUCACCAGUAUUGCAAUGGACCCAGGGCCAUCAGUUUACCAGGGGGACAAACUUUCAGUGCUUUGCUUCUACUGGCGAUGGCUCAAUUGUUGUUGGAUCACUAGAUGGGAAGAUCCGCUUGUAUUCGAAGAGCUCUAUGAGGAUGGCGAAGACAGCCUUUCCAGGGCUGGGUUCGCCAAUUACACAUGUGGAUGUGACUUAUGACGGAAAAUGGAUUUUGGGGACAACUGAUACAUACUUGAUUCUUAUAUGCACCAUUUUUAUCGACAAGGAUGGGAAGGACAAGACUGGAUUUAGCGGGAGAAUGGGGAACAGAAUUGCUGCUCCAAGAUUGCUGAAGCUCAACCCACUCGACUCUCAUCUAGCAGGAGCAAACAACAAGUUUCGUGAGGGCAGGUUCUCAUGGGUCACGGAGAACGGGAAGCAGGAGCGGCACCUGGUGGCCACCGUGGGCAAGUACAGCGUGGUGUGGAACUUCCUGCAGGUGAAGAACAGCCACCACGAGUGCUACCAGUACCAGGAGGGUCUCAAGAGCUGCUACUGCUACAAGGUGAUCCCCAAGGACGAGUCCAUCGUGGCCAGCCGCUUCAUGCACGACAAGUACGCCGUGAGCGACUCCCCGGAGGCGCCGCUGGUGGUGGCCACGCCCAUGAAGGUCAGCUCCUUCAGCAUAUCCAGCAGGCACUAGCUCCGUGCCGUCUCGCGUCUUUAGGGCCGUUUGAUUGCUUCCCGUGUUGUCAUGUAACUCACACUUACAGAUAAUCUGUUUCGUCUUCUUGGUAGGCUUUUUUUCUUUUGACUUCAAGCGUGAUGACUCUUUCGUCAUUGUUUGUUACAAGACCUAGAAUUCUACCUGUAACUCUGCUGACUGCCGGUUGUGUUGUCUGCAAACGUGUGCAUUCUAAAGCUUUCUAUGAUCGAUUAAUUUGGAACUUGA